UCGGGAAGCUCUCUGGUUCAGUUGCUCCAGACGCGUGCUAGCGAACGGUUCGCACCUCGGCAACACCCACGCACACGGCAUCCAUCCAUAACAUAAAUGAACCAACAAAUAAAACUAGAAGCUUUUCUACACGAUUCGUUUAAAUUGAAACGUUGAAAACACAAGAAACGCCUUGCUGUGAUCCAAAGAUGAAACCGACGUAACAAAAUUUAAAAAGAAACAACAAGAAUUUAACAAAAAUAAACCGUUUAAGUAAUUAAAUAAGUGCUAUGCUCAAUGUCGUUUUAGAUACAUAAUUGAUAUAAUCCUAAUAUUGAUGUCCAUUUAUCGAUAGAUCUUUACACAUAUAUUUUAAUACAACUUUUUUGGACAACUGUGCGAGUUCGUGUCCCCUUUCCGUUUGUUGUUGUUGCUGUUCUUGUUGGAAAGCUUUGCAAACUCUAAAACAAUUCGUCCUUAAGAUGUCCAUCGAGCAACCGAAAUCGCCGAAAGUAGUGGAGGCCAAUAACGUUAUCCCACCGAAUGCCCUCAAGACUACCCCGAAAAAAUCUUCAAACGCACCCCAACAGCGUGUUACCAUUGCCGCUCCAUACGCUUACGAGGAGUUGGCUGUCAGUUCACCGAACGAGAGGAACUGGCGCGGAAUAUUCAUAGCCCUCCUGGUGAUCAUCGCCGUUCUCGGUCUCAUUGUCUUCAGCAUCGUGCUAGUUUCGCCGCCCGAGGAAGGGCCGAGGGUGAAAGGUCGAAAACCCAGUCUGGAGGACAUUUUCAUAAAACUGCCGCCUCCGGCCCGCUUCAACGGCUCCUGGAUAUCAGAUACUGAGUUCGUGUACAGGGACAGAUACGGCGGGAUAACGCUGUACAAUGCUGAAAACUUGACGACGGAAGUGCUAGUAACGAACAUUACGUUUAGACAAUACAACGCCAUUGAUUUUAAAAUAUCGAACGACUUGAAAUACGUGCUUCUUGUGACGGACGUCAUCGUAAUCCACGAGCACAGCAGACUUGCCAGAUAUUAUAUUUACGAAAGGGCGACAAGUUUUAAAAGGCCUUUAUCGCCGUUCGAGCUAGAUGAGAGUGCGCCCCAUCUGCAGUACGCCACUUGGUCGCCGGAUGGAAGGUCUGUGGUCUUUGUCUACGAGAACGAUAUCUAUUACAAGCCGAGGAUCCAGAAGGAUUUGGUAUGCAGGAUAACUAUGGACGGAGAUGCCGAUGUAAGGAACGGCGUUCCCGAUUGGCUAUAUGAGACAGAGAUCCUGCAUACCGGACACACUGUGUGGUUUUCACCGGAUGGCAUGUACCUUCUUUAUCUGACCAUAAACAACUCGCUGGUCGGCGAUUACAAAUAUCCUUGGUACGACAGCAGGAAUCCUGCCGCUAAGUAUCCUAAGAUCAAGAAUCUUAAAUAUCCCAAGGUGGAGACAAGAAAUCCGGAUGUAUCUGUGUGGAUGGUGAAUUUGACUACACCCAAGUUCCUCUUCCCCGUGCAACUGAGACCAACGAACAGUGUCGAACCGGGAAGUUACUUGACCAGCGCCAAAUUCUACAACGAUCAUCAAGUCUCUGUUGUUUGGUUGAAUAGGAGACAGAACAUAUCGGUUGUAUUAAAUUGCAGAUCGCAAAAUAAUUACAACUGCACGAACUUCCAUGUCGAGAGGGCAGUUUGUGAAACUUCGCCGGAAUUAUUGGAGGGUUGUGGAUGGACUGAGCCGAUAUUCCAUCCUAUAUUUUCCACGAACGGUCUUCGAGCGUUGAUCAGAUGUCCAGUGAAAGACGGAGAAAAUGGGGAUUACAUGCACGUGUGUCAGCUGCAAUCACGUAACGUGGUACCUUUGACGCACGGAGCUUUCGAAGUCACGCGGAUCCUAGCGUGGGAUGAAGAGAAUCACCUUAUUUAUGCAAUCGCGACAAACGAGGAGAAUCCAGGCGUGAGACACCUAUUCAAAAUUGGAGACACGAAUUCUACCCAAGCAUGGACCUGCAUGACAUGCCAACCGAAGAUCGACCUGAACAUGACGAUGUUCGAGGAUCUGACGAACGAAACCCUCCUAAACGACACGAUGUUCAUGAUUUACCGGUGCGAUUACAAUAACAUUAUCUUCAGCAGCAACUACAGGUACUACGUGCAUGAGUGCUUAGGGCCGAACGUGCCCGUCGUCUUCCUAGUGGAAACUUCCACGAAUUACCGUCUCAUAGUGCUAGACGCCGCUUCCAGUUUGCGUAACAAGGUGCGCAACCUUUCGAUGCCAAAGAUAAAGAAGUUCCAAGUGGACAUCGACGAAAGGGGCGCUUACAAAGCGCAAGUGAAGCUGCACCUGCCCCCUGUGCUGAGGGAAUACGAGGAUGUCGCAUUCCCUUUGAUACUUAUCAUUGAUUCCAAACCGGGAACACAAUCGGUCUCAGAGAAGUGGGAAGUGUCCUGGCCUUGGUACCUAGCCAGCACCAGAAACUACAUCGUCGCGCAGAUAGACGUACGCGGCUCCGGCUUCCAAGGGGAGAAAAUGCGACGGCAAAUUUACAACAACGUUGGCCAAACGGAGGUGACAGAUCAAUUGGCUGUGUUAACCUACUUGCGGGAUAACUUUAAAAAAUUCAUAGACCGCGAGAAAGUCUGCACGAUUGGAUCCGGAUACGGCGGCUAUGUUUCUGCAAUGUUAAUGCUCGAGGACAUCCACGAAGUGGUGAAUUGUUCAGUGAGCAUCUCGCCCAUAACGAACUGGCUCUACUACAAUUCGUACUUUGCCGAACGCUAUUUGGGAUAUCCCUCGGAGCAUUUCAUUCAAUACCAAAGGGCAGAUCUAACAAAGAGAGCCGGAAAUUUGGAUGGACGAAGGUAUAUGCUUGUACAUGGCACAGCCGACACCACGGUCAAUCCACAGCAUUCCAUGAUGUUCUCAAAAGCGAUGAUCGAUCAAGGCGUCAUGUUUCAGCAAUUAGUGUACCCGGAUGAAAAUCACGUAUUUAGUAAAAAAUCUCUGAUACAUCUCUACAAACAAAUCGACCUGUUCUUUAACGACAGUUUCGGACCGGCAGUGGAGGACUGGCAGGACGAAACCGAUUUUUUUAUACAGUAAAAACGGACAUCCUCCUCACGAAGAAAGAAUCAAGAGAGAGAGACCUUGCAUUCGGUAUCUACAUGGAUACAUAUAUAUAUUUUAUUAGUAUGACCGUAAUUAUGAAAAGAAGAAAUUUUGUAAUCAUAUCAAAAACGUGACAAACUAUAUGGAAUUAUUAAAGGUUCGUAGUUUAAGUAGAUUGAAAUGCUAUUUAUAUUUAUAUAUCUAUAUAUAUAUUUGGAAGGGAUCGAACUAUUAUCGUUGUUUUCUAAUGCGAUUUAGACUAGGUACAAAGGUUCAAAAAACAAAAGGAAAUACACAUAGACCAAUCGAAGAAGGAGAUAUUUAAAACAUUCCAUGUAAUUUAAACAAGAAAGUAAGAGAAAUAAAAGUUAUAUUUAUAAAUAUAGCGGAAAACUUCGAGUCAAGCGAUAUCUUUAGGAAAAGGUGAAGAAAUGAUGUAAUCUCUAAAUGUUAUUAUUUUAUCGAUGAGCGUAUUUCUAUUGGAAUUUAGUGUAAUUGAAAUAUAUUGAAUGUGAAAAAAAAAAUUAAAUAAAUAAAUAAAUAAAAACGUCCAAUUAUCCAUUUUGCUGAAUAUCAUUCGAAUUGCAAACAUUUUCGACGCAUUGUUUUAGAUGUUCUCUCACUAAUUUAUAUUGUAUCCUUGAUGUCUUUGAUCUGUUGAAAAGUUUGCCGUUUCGAAUCGUCUAUAAAAAAAUAUAUGUAUAUAUGUGCCUGACCUUAGCUUUAUUGUUGAUGAGAGUUUAUAAAAUUGUACUGUAUAGAAUCGUAUUGUUCCCGAUAAUUUUUUACAUGUCCCCCCGAAACCCGAUGAUACCUAAUUUGUAAUUGUAAUUUUUGUUCCUUUGGUCGCCUCGUGGUUAUAUUUAUCAUCGAUGAUGAAGAACAAAUUUGAUUAUUGUAAUACAAUUGUUAAUGUUAUUUGUAUGAUGUACUGAUAUUUGAAUGUGACACCAA